UCUAUUUCCUGUGGAGAUCCUGUGGAGAAAAAGGAAUCGUCAUGAUGGUUGUCAAGAAAUGUGAUUGCUUGUUGAUAUUCCAACCUCUACGAGCCUGGGAUGAGAGCUCCAGUUGCUAAAGUUUACUUUUUAACGGUUAAAUAUGGGAAGGGUUAAGCUGAAGAUAAAAAGGUUAGAAAACACUCAGAAUAGGCAAGUGACCUACUCAAAACGCAGAAAUGGUAUCUUGAAGAAAGCUAAGGAGUUAUCGAUAUUGUGUGACAUUGAUAUUAUCCUUCUCAUGUUUUCUCCUACUGGAAAGCCUACAUUAUUCCAUGGCGAGCGCAGCAACAUUGAGGAGGUUAUAGCAAAGUUUGCUCAGUUGACUCCACAAGAAAGGGCAAAACGGAAGUUGGAGAGCCUUGAAGCAUUGAAGAAAACAUUUAAGAAGCUGGACCAUGAUGUAAAUAUACAGGACUUUAUUGGUGCAACCAGUCAAACUGUUGAGGAGCUGACUAAUGAAGUGUCAGCAUUGCAAGCUCAGCUUUCUGAAGUACACAAGAGACUAAGCUACUGGAGUAAUGUGGAUAAGAUUGACAACAUAGAACAUCUUGGGCAGAUGGAAGAUUCUCUAAGGGAAUCAAUGGAGCGAAUCUGUUUUCACAAGGAAAAUUUUGGAAAGCAUAAACUUAUAUCGCUAGAAGAAAGCACUAGUCAGGUAAUAAAUGCUUUAGGUAGCAAGGAAUGUACUCUCCCCAUCUCUCCAGUCCUUGGGGAAUCUCAUUCGACGUACAUUGGCUUAGAGUUUCAGAAUGGGAUGCCUUUACCUAUGAUUAUGGGUGGGAUGCAAGAGACCCAACCUGUAUCAUGGCUUCCGAAUAAUGAUAAUCAACAUCUAUUGUUGCCUGAUGAACCCAACUUUCUGCCUCGAGAUGUAGAGUGCCCCACAGAUGUCUCCUUUCCAGGCUACUCUGGCUUUUUUGGCUCCAACUCUAAUAGACAAAUGGAGAUUGGCAAUUCAGGACAAGUUGAUAACAUGGGACAGGAAGCUAUUGCCUUGAAUGAUUUAGGGAGCAAUGCAUGUUUAAGUUUACAACUUGGAGAGCAAUAUUCAUACCCACCAUAUGGUACUUCAAAUUUGCAAGAUGAUAAGAAACAGAAGCAACAGAUGGAAGUGAAUUUACAAGGAAAUCCUGCAUUUUUUCAAGAGGAUAGCAACUUCAAUCUCCCCAAACCUAUGUAUAACAAUGGGCACCAUGCAUGGGUUUCCUCAUCUGGUCCUUGUGGCAUUGGGAUAUUUGAUGAAAACUCCUACCACCAGCAAUCAAAUGGACUUUCAUAAGACAUCUUCUCCAUCCAAUGUAACUUUCAGCUUCAGGAGUUAUUCAUGUGCACUGCAUUUUGACCUUUCCCUGAGGCCAGCCAUGGUUGUGAAGAAGUUGGUGCUAUAAAAUUAAGAAAUGAAGUUUCUGAAACAUGAGCACGAGCGCUCAAGGCGCUUGCUCCAAAGAUAGAUUAAAAUGAUCGUCUGGUCAGUUUUGCUGCUCAGCAUGUUUCCUUGUAUCCAUAAUGUGAGUCAUUCCGGAGACACUGGCUUGUAUAUAUAAUUUUUUUGUUUUCAUAAAGUUUUGCAACAGAGGGUGGGUUUACAAAAUGGAUCCCGGUUACCCCAGUUGUACAUUAUACUCUUUGUAAAAAUAAACGUGAAAAUCACUA